AUGGAAGAAGAGAAGGUGUUAGAUUCAUUCGAAGUAUUAUACAACAAUGUAAAAGGAAAUAUGUAUAUAACAAAUAGAUUUCUGAUAUACAUAUCAGAAACAACUAAAAAGGAAAAAGAUGAAGAUAAUUCUUUAUUUUUAAUGAAUGAUAUAGAUUUGAAGAUUUGCAUAUUUAGUUGGAAGAAAACUGAAAAAUCGAAGAAAAAGAAUAAAAUUCGUUUUACGUUUGCCAGAACGGAUAGAAAAAAUAAUUUUUGUUUUCAUGAUUAUAAUAGUACUGAUUCUUAUAUUUUUGAAUUUUUUAAUGAGAAGAAUUAUAAUGAUAUUAGUGAUAUGAUAAAUUCUUUAAAUAAGGAUAAUUUAAGAAAUCAUUUAUUUGUGGACUUUAAUUUAAAUUUAAUAAAAAAUGAUUAUAGGAUAUAUGAAACAAAUGAAGAUGGUAAUGAUAAUAAUGAUAAUAAUAAAUUAGAUAAGAAUAAUAUGAAUGAAUUGUUAAAUGUACAUGAUAAUUUUCAUACUAAUAAAAUAGCAGGUGAUGAUUUGUUAAACGUUUUAUCAUCUCAUGAAUCUUUAAAAGAAAAUGAGAAAAAAAUGAAAAGAAGGAAAAAAGGUGAAUUAGAUAAGAAUAAUAUAAUUAUAGAAGAUGAUAGUAAUCAUAAUGAAGAUUCUAGUAAUGAUAAUAAUGAAAGUGAUGAUAAUGUUAAUGAUUUUUAUAAUUCUUUAAAUAGAAUGUUUGAGAUUGAUAGAGAUUUUAAAAAAUUAUAUGAUAUGUGUAUUGAAAAUAAUAUAUUAAAUGACGAAGAAUUUUAUAAAUUACAUAAAAAUCAGUUAUAUGAAUAUAAAAAUAUUUCUUAUUGUGAAGAUAUGAAUAUACUUAAAGAACCUAUAUAUAUUUCAGAAGAACAGAAAUUGUCUAAAAGUGUUGAAAUAAAUAAUGAAUUAAGAAAAUUAAUUUUAUGUGAAAAUAAAGAAUUAAAAAAGUUAUAUGAUUAUUAUAUUGAAAAUAAUAUAUUAAGUGAUAGUAAAUUUUGGUUUUUUUUAUUUAACAAUAAAUAUAGUCAUUUAUUUUUUUAUGAUAAAAAUGAAAAAGAUCCAACGUCAAAUAAACAUGUACUAAAUAUUAAAGAAGAUAAAUUAUUUGAAUCUUUAUCAUAUAAUUUAGAAAAUUUAAAUCAAGAUAUUAAAGGAACAUUAGAGAAAUGUAUACUAAAAGAAUAUUUAACACAUAAAACAUCAAAUAAAAAAAAUGUUUUAUUUAAAAAUAAUUAUUAUUUUAAUGAAGAAAAUAUGGAAGGUUUUGGAGUAUUUACAAAUGAAAAAUUAAUUAAGAAUUAUAAUAAUUCUUAUAAUCUAUUAAUUAAUAAAUUUAAUAAUUAUUGUAUAGGUAUGAUAAAAGAUAAUAAAUAUACUCUGGACAAAUUUUAUGAUGAUUUAAAAGAAAAAAUUGAUGACACGGAUUUAAAUAUUAUCGAUGAAAAUAAAGCACAACAAUUUAACUUGGAAAAAAUUAAAACAAAUAUAUGUGAUGAAGAAACUUUAAAAGAAGAGAUAACACAAAAUGAAAAAUAUGUGAAUGAUCAUUUUGAUAAAUUUAUGGAUGAUUUAAGGGCAAAUAAGCAUACCAGUAAAAAAAAUUACGCAGAUUUGUAUAACAUAGGAAGGGUUUUAUUUGUUUUAAAUACGAAGAGGUGUCAAAGUAACCAAUCCUUGUUAAUAGGAACUAUUGAAUAUGAACAACACAUCCUUGAUAUUGUAAAAGAAUAUCAUAUAAAAAUUAAUUAUUUACUAAACUUAUUUUAUACAUCUUAUAUUCCUGAAGAAAAUAAAAGGAAUAAUAUUUUAGAGAAUUUAUCAAGAAUAAAGGAUGAAAUUCAAGCAAAGCAAGAAGAAUAUAAUAGUGUCUUGAUUAUGGGAAAGCCAUUAUUGAUUCAUUUGUUUGAACAAAUAGCUAUAUGUAAAAAGUUUAAUGAAAAACUUAAUAAAUAUAUUCAAGAAAAGAGAAAGAAAGCAUAA